AUAAUAGUUAUGAAUCCUAAAGUAGCUCAUUCUUGAAUCAAUCGUACCAAUUACAUCUUAUUUGGGAUUUCUUGCUCUGUUUUUAACCUGAAAAAUUCCUUCUUUCACGAAAAUGGCUACUUCUCUUCUGGUUACUUCUAUCCUUCUCGGUUUCCUGGCUACGGCAUGCUUUGCUACGGAAUUUAGUACCCUUCCUCAGACCCUUGUCGUUACAGCUUCACCCACAUCAGGACAAGUAUUGAAAGCCGGAGAGCAAUCAAUCACGGUGACAUGGUCUUUGAAUCAGACCGGAGUCGAUUCGUCUUACAAAACUGUUAAAGCCAAGCUCUGUUAUGCCCCAGAGAGCCAAACCGACCGUCCAUGGAGAAAAACAGUGAACGAAAUCGCAAAGGACAAGACUUGUCAACACGCGAUCGCUUCCAAACCAUACGCCGCCACCAACAAUUCUGUCACAUGGUUGAUUCAGAAAGAUGUUCCCACUGCAACUUACUUUGUCAGGGUAUAUGUUUAUGAUUCGAACGACACCCCGUUGGGAUAUGGGCAGUCAACCGACGACAAGAAGACGAAGAAUCUGUUCAGUGUUGCCGGGAUCAGUGGACGUCAUGCUUCGCUUGAGAUCGCAUCUGCUUGUUUCUCUGCAUUUUCAAUUGUGUCUCUUUUUGGGUUCUUCUAUUUGGAGAAGAGGAAAGCUAAAUCUGCCAAGUAAUAGAAUGAAUAUCCCUUUCUUGUGUUGUUGUUGUGUGAGCUUUGAAGGAAAGGAAUCCCUUUCUUGAUCGAGUUUCAAAUAAUCUAUAAUCAUGAUGUAUUAAGAAUAUAUGUACUAGCUUCGCUGUUUGUUCUAUGAAUUUCAUGUAAUCUUU